UAGCGAGCGAUCUUCAGAUCCGAUAAGGAAUCACUAAAUUAAGGAAAGUAUAUUAUAAUUAAUAUUCGCGAGACCCUUAAUUAUUAAAUCUGAACGCAUUAUUGGCGAAUUGGACAUUGUCAACACCGUCGACAUGUAUUCGAUGGACAAUCUCGAACGAGAUAUGAUGAACCGGCAGUACAUGUAUGAAGCGCACACCUUCCUGGGUAAUCCAGCAAUCCCGGCAUUGCCGCCGCAUUGCGGGGUACCUACCACGACGACGCUUCCGGCGGUCAUCCCGUCGCAGAUCCCGUCGUCCCAUCAUCCAUCUGGUAGCACCGGUAGCACCAGCGGUAGCGAGCACUAUCUCUAUGACGAGAACAGCAGUGACAACGAGAGCGUCUACAGCAGCGAUCAGGAGAAUCACGCGAGAGAACGAAGUCGGAGUAACCGACGCGGCGGACCAUCGGGAAAAUGUCCGAGACAGGUCCAGGUUCAGCAACGGCAGGCGGCGAAUAUGAGGGAGCGAAGACGUAUGCAGAACAUAAACGAUGCCUUCGAGGGUUUAAGGGCUCAUAUACCGACCUUGCCAUACGAGAAGAGACUGUCAAAGGUCGACACGCUGAAACUGGCAAUCGGUUACAUAAACUUCCUCAACGAGCUCGUCAGGGCGGACAAGGGUAACGACCCCUUGACGGGCAAUAGCGGUCUCUCGAGGUGUUCCAGUCGAGAUGAAUCCAAGAAGGUCAUAGUCCGUGGUAGCGGUGGGAAUCCAUUCAUCUCGCACUCGCUCUCGUGGUCGAGAAAAUCGGAUAUCUCACCGAAUGGCACGAUGUACGCGAAGGUCUGGACGCCAGAAGAUCCGCGAACAUCGAAAAAUGGGACGACGUUCGAGUAGAUGGCGAAUUUGAUUUCGUUUUACGAGUAUAAGCGGAGGAUCGGACACAUCGCACGGUUGCGAGAACAUUUCUCAUCUAGAGUGUUAUUUAGUGUCUAAGGGAAAUGUUUCUAGUCACUGGUCCUCGUUGUUUGUACCUUAUGAUCAUCGAAAGUCUCCGAUUUUUUGGACGACGAAAAUGAUCGCCAGUUUAUACAUCUCUCGCGAUUUCAUCAAAAAGGUACGGUAAAUCGAAUUAACCAUUGCAAAAUAUGUACAUG